AUGGAUAAGUUCUGGAAAUGGACAAAUAUGAAGGUUAAUACAAUUGACAUGUUCUCCAAACCUGUGAGCUUGACUUAUCAGAAAAAAGAGAAGUUCACAACCUUCUUUGGUGGCAUGAUCACUGGUAUUUUAAUCUUAGGGUUAAUAGCUUAUGGAAUUCAGUUAUCGAUACAGAUGUUUACAAGAUCCGCUACAAGUAUGUCUAAGAAUGUCAUUAAGAGAGACCAGAUCUUGGUAACUGAUUAUUAUAAUUUGGGAGAUGAAGAACUCAAAUUUGCAGUUUAUGUGGUAGAUGAUAAUAAAGUCAGUGGAUUUACAGAUCCCACUUAUUUCAAUUUGUCUGCUUAUCAAUUUGAUUACUCUGGUGACUUCGAAUCAAGCUCUCUCGCUUUUAACAUCACUGAAGUUGGAAUGGAUAUUUGUGGAGAAAAUUUCCCUAGAGCAUCUGAAGAAAUAAAUGAAUUCCGAAAAUAUAUCUCAAAUUUUACGUACUGCCCGGUGAGCUCUAACUUCUCAGUUGGAGGUAGUCUUUUAUUGAACCAGGUAAAACUAGUCAAAGUCCAAAUCAAGAAGUGCAUAAAUGGGACUUCUAUAAUAUGAAAACCUGAUAGUGAAAUUGAAGCCAAAGCAAGGAAUAUUGAUGUCACUAUCAUUGUGAGCUCGAAGUACCUUGACUUUGAUGAUUAUGACACUCCAAUCAAGCAAAUUAUUGAUGAUAAGUUCUAUUUUCGGAUGUCUUCAGGUAUGAGAAAGUAUGGAAGAUUAGAUGUUAAAAAGAGUACUGUAUCUCUUUCGGAUAGCAUAUUCCCAUUUAGUCCAGAAAAGCAACAAUCAUUCUUGUCAAUUGAUAAUUAUCGACAAGAUGGUGAGAUGAGAUAUGAUGGAGAUCCACUCCUGAUGGAUUUUGAAUUCAGACAAGACCCCACUGUUGACUCGUACGAGCGUAGAGUAUAUUCUAUUCUAGAUCUUUUUGGUCAGCUCGGAGGAUUCUUUGAAGUACUCGCUAUAUUCGGUGGAGCCCUUGUUCAUUAUUUCGCAUCACAAAUGUACAGUUACUCGUUGUUUACUCAUUUGUAUUGACUUAAUGAGACGGAUGCACACAUUACAAGCGAUGAAUCUCAGAUUGCUCCAAAGCCAUCAAAGAAGGAAAAAGACACUAUUACCACAAAAUUAAACGAGAAAGAGAAAACUCUCUUGCAAACAAUUGAGUCCCGAAUCAACUCAAAAAGAAGAUUCCAUUUUACAGCCAAAGACUACUUCAAGACACUGGUACCAUGCUUCAAAACUAGAUCUCGUUCUGAGUUCACAAUUCUCAGCGACAAACUUUCAGAUGAGUGAGAUCUGACAUCUGUUGUGUGUUCGAUACGGCAUCUCAAAACACUGAUGAAACUGACUUUGAGCGAACACCAAGCACUGAUGAUGGACUUUAACUGCAGAAGUAACUAUUUGCAUAAAGAGACCAAAGAUGGCUGAUUUACAAAGCCGAAUGAUUUUCCACCACCUACACAAGAACCCUCUCUAAAGAUCAAAACCAAAUCUACAAUUCUAAUGGAGAAGCUGAAGAACUUAGACUACGAUACACUUGAGAGAGAUGCGAGCAUAUUUCUUGGGAUCCCAUUUGAGUAUCAAACCUCAGAAGAGGGAGUCCAAAGCUCAAGUUUAUUUGACAGAGAUAAAACUCAUAAGAAGAAUAAAGAGGAGUCAAUUGUAGGAUUUUUUGAAGAAGAAAAAGACAAUUCAAACCUCCAUAAAGAAUCAGAGGUAUACAAAGAUAGAUAGAGACAUCUAAAUACCAUUCAAUAUGUCCGAUACAUCUUUUAGCC